AUGUCGCCCACCGCAAUAUACCUGCCUGCAGAGUCCGCUGCUUCGUCGCCCAAGGUGGUCGCCGCUGUUCCACGGAAGGGGCCUGCAUUAGCGAUUGGUUCUCUGGCUACUGCCCAGGAUGGGAAGUUCCAGAGUCUCGUCUCCGACCUGGAGGCCAACAGACAGGUUGAUAGGCAGAUGCUUGAUAGGUUGCUGGAAGGAGCGACUGAACUGACGCCCUCACGAUACGCUUCCGUCCAUGUCACGCUGUCAGCCGCGGAAUAUGAACAGCUCAUGCCCAGGAUAUCCACGUUGCUUGCGCAGCUAUUCGCAGGCUUGGAGCCCCUGGGUACGCUGCACGUCCUGAACCUGGCAUCUUCCCUGUCCACCCUGCCGUCCGAACUCACUCUCGCUGGGUUUACUCUCCUGUCUUCCUUACCCAAUGAAGGCACCAUCAUUGCUCAGAAACCCGCACAUGCCAUUGGUCAGACCCUUGGGAUCAAAAACCGAUCUGUGGCGCCUGCACCCGCAGCAUCGGCUGCCGCACCAGCUGUUUCCCUGCGGCGAAGAGGAGAUCCAGACCGUAAAUCUGCGAAGAAAGCAUUGUGGACACUGAAUGCCCCGUCGACGCCUACGAUCGACGCUGAAAAGCUGCUCACGCCCGCGGACCGCGAGCGGCCAGUGCCGACGUGUGAGCCUGCUGUGAAGGGUGCGCCGCGGCGAAAGAAGGCGUGCAAGAACUGCACGUGUGGUUUGGCCGAGUUGGAGGCAGAGGAGCUUGCCCAGAGCAAGGUGGUCAUGCUGGAUGGAAAGAUUGACGGUCAGACGGUGGAAGUUGAGCAGAGCGAGAGGGAUAGAUUGCUUGCGGCUGCCGCUGCAGCACCAAAGGCGACGAGUAGCUGUGGAAGCUGCUUCCUUGGGGACGCAUUCCGCUGUGAGAGCUGCCCGUAUAGAGGGUUGCCUGCCUUCAAGCCAGGCGAGAAGGUCGAGAUUGACUUGGGCAUGGACGACAUAUGAUUCAUGAUAGACUUGUUUUGCUGCUAUAAGGCAUCUACUGCUUAAUGCUCGGAUCUGCUGUUAAUUCUGUAUAGUUCUGUAUCCAUAUUCUUUCUUUAUCCUCUGCAUUAUAUCCAUGUACUGCUUCCCCGGUGGAUCACCAAUCACUAGAGCGUUAUUUCCCAAGCAUUUCAGUCAUCUCG